UUCAAAGAACCAUUACUUAGUCCAGCUGUAAUCCAACCAAAGGGUGGAAAUAUCGAAAGUUGCACAGCUGCGACGCCAUAUUGUUAUCAAUACUCCAAGUACGUCAAUAGAAAAACAAAGAAACUUAAGUCAGUAACAAUGUCGCAUUUCAUGGAUUUAGAAGCUGAAGAGAGUGAGGAUGAUGAUGCAGAGUACAAUGAAAAUGAAAAAAAAAUGUUGAAGAAGUUAAAAACAUCAAAGGUUGUGGACUCUUCCGAAGAAGAAGAAGACGAUGAGGAUAUGAUAAGAGAAGAAAAUAAAGGCUUUAUUAAUGAUGACGAUGAGGAAGAUGAUGAUGAUGCUGGCUCUGAUUCGGAUAGUGAUGGGGACACCAAAGGUAAACGACGGAAGAGAGACGAUGACGACGACGAUGAUCUGAAUGGGGAUAAUCUGGAUGAUGAUGAUUUAGAUCUCAUUGAAGAAAACAUUGGUGUAAAACUCGACCGGAAAAAAAAAUUCAAACGACUGAAGAUUGAUGAUGAAGAUUCAGAUGUUGAGGUAGAUGUCCAAGGCCAGAUUAGGAGAGACCUGUUUGAAGGAUCUGGAGAUGUAUGUAUAUUUAUCCUUCUCUGUCUUCAUUUUUAGUUUUGUUGCACAUUUUUUUUCA